CAUGGUAGACAUCUUGAACAAGUUUGGAUGGACGUACGUCUCCGUUCUUUACGUGGACAGCGACUACGGCGAGACCGCCGCCAAGACCGUGCGCAAACUGACCAAAGACUUCGGCAUCUGCAUCGCCGUGGACCGGGUGGUCAGCGACAGCUUCCAGCAGUCGGACUGGGACCUCACCGUCAGCAUGCUUCUCAAUGCCCGCAACGCCCGCGCAGUGCUGUUGAUAAUGCAUAUAUCGCCGGCCAUUGAGUUGUUUAAAGCGGUGAAGCGGGCAGACGCCAUGGGGGUGUUCCAGUGGAUCGGCAGCGACGGGGUGUCGGUGGGAAUCGCCGACUUGGGGGACAGCGCGGACGCCGCGGAGGGGAUAUUGACCAUUAGGCCAGGGUUUGAUUAUGCGCGCGAGUUUAACACGUGGUUCAAAGGGCUACACCCCGCCAUCCGCAGCGACAACCCAUACUUCAUGGAGCACUGGGAACUGUACUUCGACUGCUCCUGGACAAACGGCACCGGGAAGCCGACCUGUGACGAAGAUAACCGAAUGACCGAAGCGAACGGGUUCGCUCCGAUGAGUUUUGCCACUUUGGUAAUUGACACCACCUUGGUUUUUGCGCAUGCGCUGCACAGCCUCAUCGAAGAAAGGUGCCCAGGAGUUGUGGGUCAAAAUGUCAGCAAAUGUAUCAACGGAUCCUUGCUUUUAAAGUACUUGUUGGAAGUGGAAUUCCAGGGGCAUAUUGGGCGAGUGAAGUUUGACAAACAGGGAGACAUCUUGGCCCAGUAUGACAUAGAGCAGUUGCAGAAUAAAUCGUCCGACUACAAACAGGUCGCUGUGGCCUCGUGGGACGCUGACGUCGGUCACGUGCAGUUAGUCGAUCAGAACCCUAUCAUUUGGGUGACCUCAGAAUCGGUGAGUCUUGAGACCCCGGAGUCAGUAUGUAGCAAACCCUGUGGAAAAGGUGAAUUUUACUUGCAGAAGGAGCUUUCUUGUUGCUGGGAAUGCCGUAAAUGUCGCAACAACGAAUACCUCGUAUCCAACCAAACAUCUUGCAAAGAGUGUCCAGAACUGAUGUGGCCGGUCGAAAGUCUGACGUCAUGCGAGAGCGUCCAACCAGAACACAUGAGAUGGGGGGACAGUUUAGCUAUCACGAUACUCACCUUCAGCAUCAUCGGCAUCAUCCUGGCAGCGUUCAUUCUAGCCUUCUUCAUUCGACAUAAUAACGCUAAACUGAUAAAAGCCUGCAGCAGAGAGCUAGCCUACCUCAUCCUCACUGGGGUGUUCGUCAGCUACCUGACCGCCAUUUUCUUCCUUGCGAAGCCAGAGGACCAUUUCUGUUACGUCGAGCACUUCGGGUUCAGCCUCAGUUUCGCUUGGAUUUACGCGCCACUCUUCACGCGCACGAAUCGCAUCUACCGCAUUUUUGCAUCGGGCAAAAAGACCAAAAAGAGGCCGCCACUGGUUAGUCCCCGAUCCCAAGUGAUUAUAGCGUCUUUGCUGAUUACGAUAGAGGUUAUCAUAAGCAUCAUCACAGCAGCGGUCAACCCUCCUGGUAUAGAACAACGCAUGCCAGUCAAGACGGAAAAAUUCGUCGAACUCCUCUGCAAGCUCCCCAUACAAGGCAUCGUCGCAUCCCUUGCCUAUAACAUCCUCCUUGUCGCCAUGUGCAGCUUCUACGCCUUCAAAACGCGAAAACUGCCAGACAACUUCAACGAGUCCAAGUUUAUCUCGAUGUGUGUGUACACGACCCUGGUGAUCUGGCUAGCCUUCAUCCCGACCUACUUCACCACGUCUGCGGCCUACUUCAGGGUGGUGCUGCUCUCAGUGGCACUGAUUCUGAAUGCGACAGUUGUGCUGGCUUUUCUGUAUGCGCCUAAGGUGUACGCCAUCGCCUAUGUGGAUGCAGACACCAUACAGAUCAAUCAACUCAACCCGACUACCUCAGUCUCGCCUCUUGCUGGCAGCAGCAACAUGACGUCACUUCAAGGUCAAGGUCGAGUCGCCGCGUCCAUCACCGUGGAGCCCCGCCCCUUCACUGCACGUGAGGCCACGUAUGAGCACCAUCAUGAUCUGGCAGUAGCAACGAUAAGUUGAAAUUGGCAGCACGGUUUGACAGUUUUAAAAAUUUUAAAUUUUAAAAAUCGCGAAUAAAUAGAAGUGGUGGUGAGGAACAGUAUACAGAAGUACAAAUGAUUUUAUCCAGAGCCUCUGCAAACGAACUCUUGACUUGGCCCUUAACAGAAGUUCCCAUUGGGAUUGGGUAUGUCAGGAACCACAAAAUAGAAAAAAGUGUAAUUAGUACUUUUUUCCAUUUUUUGGUUCCUGACAGGGAGUGAUCACAAUUUCUAGGGAAACAAAACGAUCAAUUCACAAAUUUUAGUAAAUAAAACUUUAUUUUAAUAAAAUAUCUCACUGAUAAUGCCAAUCAGAAAUCCUGAAAAUCACAAAUCGUCGUGUAUAAUGACUUCAUUUCACGAGGGGCAGAGAAUAAGAAGUCUCAUUUACGAGUUGCGUGAAUGAUGUGCUUCACAAAUCACGCUACAUGAAAUGAAGUAUCUUAACAAACGUCUCACGCAUGUCUGGAAAUAAAAAGUAGCUUUCACGGGUAACGAAAAUACCCACGGGUUAAGACCUAGCGCAAGUGAACGGUUCCUGUGUUUAACAACACUAAUAAUAUGCAUAAAGCUGCAUAACACUUCUGUUUGACCUAUGUUGGCGACAUCAAACUGAUCUCCUCUGUGUUUUUUUUUCUUUACUUGCAUGAGAAAAUGAAAAUGUAAUCAGAAAAUAUAUCUCCCAGAGGAGAUCAGAGUGGACCUUAUAGAACCUUCGGCGAUUAUUUGUUUUUGAAAUCUUUGUUGUUUGCACUGGAUAACAUUACUUUAAUAUUCCCGUUAUGUAAUAUCUAGAUAUGUAACACUGAUUUUUUAUUGUGGUUAAAACGAUCACCUGUGUUGUCUAUACCUUUGGAAUUAUAUAUGAUAAAUACUUCUAUUUUAUAUGUUAAAUCUUCUAUUUUAUGAUCAAGGAAUAUUCUAUAUUUUUGACAUAAUGAACAUGUGCUUUUCUCCGGUUUGGUGUCUUAUUUUGGAAGGUGCAUUUGUAGUUUAUAAUAUGGCAUGCAAUAUUACACGUUCUUUGCAAUAUCUUCAUCAAACAUUGAAUGCGUAUAUAAAAAAGACAAUGAUGAUAUGGAGUUUGAUUAACAUUUAUAUGGGUAUUUAAAUAUUUACUGCACCUAUAACAAGCCGAACUGGAAGUCAUUAUUUCGUCUAGAGCAAUCUCCAUUAUAAAUUUUGAAGAUAUAUUUUUAGAUUGUUUUGUACGAGUAAAAAGCAGUCUAUGACUACAUGUAUCCAAAGACGAGCAACCAGGCCAGACACGGUUACCCUCCACCAGGCCAACAAAUUGAUAUUUCACUAAUGUUCACAAAUGUGUUUCUGGGUAAUACAUGGCACAUAUCUUCACUGUCGUGUUGGCAAAAA